GUCCGUCCCCGUUGUCCUGUUCACCACAUCCCCAGCCGAAAAGAGGACCUGCUUUAACGAGUUUGCGAUAUCGUUGCAGUCGCUGGACAUCUGACUAAAGCACGAAGAGAAAACCAAGACGGUUGUCAGUGAAUUUCGACGUGUCAACAGGUCGACGAUGCGUCGACGAAAUUUCGCGCUUUGCUAUUGCACGCUUCUGUUCAUCGCUUCCUCCUCCGAGCCGCUGAAUAGUUCCACGACGACGACGAGCGACAACGAGCGGAAUAAUUCCACAGUGCGAUAUCAGGUUCAUACUAAUGUUACCACGAUAAAUCGUAGCGGCGAUGCGGAAACUUUGCAUUAUAACGCUCGUGGAAAUUCCAUCAGGAGUAACGACGGCGUGCAGUACAAGCUCCGUCUUAACUCCACGAGUAUACACGAGGAUGAUGACUCGGUGGGGUAUGAAUUUCACGCGCAUUCCACGAAGGAUCGCGAGGGCGGCGAUCAAACGUUGAUGGAGCUUCGUACGAAUUCUAUAGAUGACAAGAUCAACUCCACAGCACAUGAACCCCGUGGAAACCUGAUGCAAGAUGUGAUCGAAGACAGAAGCAACUUAACGUACGAGCUCCUCGGAAAGUUCUCUAAAGAUGAUAAUAAGACCAACGUCGUUCCGUACGAGAUGUGCGAAAACAGUACCUGCAUUUCGCUCUGCUGCCCCCUCGGCAUUCGCACGAUCAAGGGUCAAUGCGUUGCUGAGAACGUUGGGCGUUAUCCCUUUCCGGGUGUGUACGAUCAGGCGACGAACGAGUCGCUUGAGAAAGGACCGAUCGGCGAGGUAGACCAAAUCUUUCAGCUGACCGUCCACGAUCCGUGCCCGAAAGUCGGACGCUAUGUACUUGAUCCUGACGAGGAACCAGUUGACGCGUUUAUGUUCCUCCUCAAUGGCUCUCUGUAUCUACCGCGUAUCAAAGACCUUGUCGAUGCCGAUUUAUACUGCCUCAUCGUCUCGCAACGGGAUAAGUACGAGAUAGCUGUUUGCAUUAAUUUUCUGGAAUCGUUCCUCCCGGAAGUAUAUUAUUAUGUGGGUCUGAUAAUAUCCUCGCCGUUUCUACUGACGACAUUCGUGGUGUAUUCCAUACUGCCGGAGCUUCAGAACAUGCACGGCUACACGCUGCGUGGAUACGUCGGCUCGUUGUUUGCCGCGUACACGUUCCUCGCGGUAAUUCAGCUAACCGCACGGACGUCAAUAUCGGAUACCGCCUGCAUCAUAUUGGCCUACAUCAUUUACUUCUCGUUUAUGGCAAGCUUCUUCUGGUUAAACGUGAUGUGCUUUGACAUUUGGUGGACAUUCAAGUAA